UCCAUAUAAGGCGACCCAGGGCUCGGGACCUACCUAGAGAGUAGUAGAUCCGAUCCAUGGCGUUCGAGGAGGUGCUGCAGCUGCUAGCGAAGCGCGAGGCGUUGGAGGCGAAGCGGGCCGAGGUGAUGCGCCUGUCCAUGCUGGCCACGGCCGAGAUGCUGGCGUCGGGGGAGGUCGCGCCGGGGGACCCGGAGCUCGUGGCCGUGGCCGCACGGGCCGAGGCGCACGGGCUCGCGACGGUCCGCGCGGCGGCGGAGCAGGCGGAGCAGGACGCGCGGAUGGCCGCGCGGUACGCGGCGGAGCCCGGCGGGGAGGCCGUGGCGGAGGCGAUGCGGAGGCAGGCCGCGCGCGCCGCCGCGCUGGGGGCGCUCGCCGAGUAUUACGCCGCCUACAUGGGCGCCGUGGGGUCGCUGGCCGAUCCCGACUCGGACUCGGAGGACGACGACUCAAGCGGUCAAUAGCAUAUGAUUAGCAAUGAUGGGCCUGGAUUCGGCCCACUAUGAGUUGGGCGACUGUUUGGCGGCCCAUAUCCUUUUUCUUUUUCCCUUUUUGCGAGGCCUGUUCAAUCACUCGCGCAGCACUACAUGCUAUAUUUUUAGAUAAAGGAUGUAAAUCCGGACUUCUAUAUCCACAAGUGGAUACAUACGACCAAAAGUUACCAGAGCACUUAGGC